GAGACAGAGUGACGUUCAAUGGCAAGGACUGUCGUGUCAGUACUGCGCAGAGCCCAUGUCUCCAGGACCCACCAAAGAUGCUGUGGGACCCAGCAGUUGUGCGGGCUGUGGCAGAGAUAUUAAGAACGGUCAGCUCUGUUGGCUCUAGAGAGUCAGUGGCAUUUGGGCUGUUUUAAAUGCAAGGCCUGUGCCAAAGUAUUGACUGGGGAAUACAUCAGCAAAGAUGGCACCCCCUACUGUGAGCGUGAUUAUCAGCUCUUGUUUGGAGUGCAGUGUGAAGCAUGUCAGCAGUUCAUCACUGGGAAGGUCCUGGAGGCUGGGGACAAGCACUACCACCCCAGCUGUGCCCGCUUGUAGCAGGUGUAACCAGAUGUUCACUGAAGGAGAGGAGAUGUACCUGCAAGGAUCAACAGUUUGGCAUCCAGGCUGUAAACAUUCGCCCAGAGGCGAGGAGAGACAGAGGCUAUUGCCUGCGUCUCUAGCUCUCCUCAGCAAAACAGAAAGGCAGCCGACACGCUCGUCGUCCGAGAGUAUAUGUUCCAGACCUGGUUCAAGCAUACCUAGCUCACCGGGUCACACCAUUUAUGCAAAAGUAGACAAUGAGAUCCUUGAUUACAGGGAUUUAGCAGCCAUUCCCAAGGUCAAAGCCAUUUAUGACAUUGAGCGUCCAGAUCUAAUCAACUAUGAGCCACUUUACACCACCUCACUGGAUGAGUCAGAGGAGAGAGAGAGUGUGGGAGAGCUGCAGAGCUCCAGGAGAGAGUGUUCGCCUAUGCUAGAAGACAGAACCAGGUCACCCACACCAACUGCUGAGGGUUACUACGAGAUGCGAGAACGAAUACUCCAUCGGUCAACAAGUCAAGGCUCCAUUGGCUCGCCCAUUUACAGCCGCCACAAUUACACUCCCACCCUGUCACGCUCCCCACAGCACUUCCACAGACCCGGCACUGAGCCGUCCAGUGGUCGGAGUUCUCCAGGGGCCAGCACCCCUCCUCUCCUUCUGACUCCCAAACAUUUUCACCUGCCAGAUCAAGGAGUAAACAUCUACAGAAAACCCCCUAUCUACAAACAGCAUGAUUCAGCUGCCUUUGCAGCCCAAAGCAAGUCUGCUGAUGACAUCAUCAAAUCGGCCAAAUUCCCCUCAGCGUACACCCCUGGUCCAGACUACCCAGCAAAGAUCGAGACAGACUGCUGGUCCUUCCCGAUCUUCCAUGCUGCCCUAGGAACCGACGGGAGGAGAAGGUCAAGAGAGGAGGAUGAGGAGGAGCUCCAGAAACGCAGACAGAUUCAGGAGGAACAUCUCAACAAGAUCCAAUCUGGUUUGGGGAAAAUGAUUCUUAAGGAGGAGAUGGAGAAAGAGAUGAUCCGAGAGCAUCAUGCACGGAGCCUGUCAGCACAGCGCUACGAACAUGGAAGCAAUAGAAAUUCACCCUCUAAAACAGGCUCACUGCCUGGAUAUGGGCGUAUUGGACUGCAUCGGCCUCAGUCGACUGAUUUCACUCAGUAUAACAGUUAUGGAGAUGUAUGUGGUGGGAUGAGAGAGUUUCAGCCCAUGCAUGAUGGCCACCGUCCAGCCUCCAGAAUGGACAGAGGAGUGUCUAUGCCCAACAUGCUGGAACCAAAAGUAUAUCCAUAUGAAAUGCUUGUGGUAACCAGCCGCAGUCGCUCCAAACUGCCCAGAGAUGUGGACAGAACCAGACUAGAGCGCCAUCUGGCUCCGGAGACGUUCUUUGAAAUCUUUGGGAUGGCAAUUCAGGAAUUCGACAGGUUACCUCUGUGGAAACGGAAUGAACUGAAGAAGAAAGCCAGACUCUUCUAACGUCUGCACACACUCACAUGAUGUAUCAUCCAGCUGUUUACUCCCCUUCUGUUAUUUCUUGCAUAUGAUGUCAGUUUAUAAAGAACAGAGGGUCUAAACAUCUCAAAAUUCUCAAAUCUCUCUCUCUCUCUUUCUCUCUCUUGUCUCUGUCGCUUUAACUUCCUCUCUUCCAGAAAUAAGUCUUCCUCUCUUUGUUCUUUGUUUCUUCUUGGAUAUCUUUGUAAAUCAAGUUCAUGCAGGUCGGAUUAUCCAAACCUUUGUAAAUUUGCAGUUAUAAUCCUCUUAAUUCUGUUCCAGUAAAGACUCCUCCAUUUGCGUCACUUUUGGUUCAGGGAGGGAUUGUAGAUGCUACGCUGUGUCUUUGUACCUGUUCAUGUAUGCAUACAAAGAGACUCCAUACUAGCAUAUAUCCAUGUAUUCACCCUUAGCUACUCUACCAGACUCCAGUUAACAUCUGUUAAUUAAAGGUCAGGUGUUUCAUUUCUGUGCCAAUAGAAUUGAAAAAUGAUUGUUCGCUGUUGAACACAUGUCCAUCAGUCAAACCCACAUCAUUGGUUACUGGCUUCUCAAACUGGUCAUUUUUCCAUUUGGUGCCACUAAUUGUUCAGAGGUGACACACUUCGCCUUUAUGCUUUCUGAUACUGAUUAAACUGUUGAAUCGA